GCCAUUUCGCAACUCAUUCCUUGUCUUUUUGGUGCUAUAUCUUAUUUUGUGUAGGCAAUGGCAUCACAGGCCCAGAAAAUGCAGCUGAUCAAGAGCGACCGCCACUUGUUUUCGGCAUCUGAUGACUCUGCCAUCAUGAAGCAAGUCGAAUCCAUCCACGCGCCAGAUGGUCGCGAAGUAGCUGUCAGACCGCUACUCCAAAUCAUCAAAGACAUCAUGCAACGUGCCACUCCAACCAACCUAGUGGUCCCACAAGCACAUAUGGACAUGGUGGACAACAAGAUCCACCAUGCCGGGCAAACUGUGGAGCAAACAGGCAUGCUUGAAGCGCUAGCUUACACCAUCCACAAGCUAGCAAACGAGAUGUGUUGCAAGUGCUCGGGAAGUGGCGACGCGCAUGCCACGACAGCUGCAUUGCUCCACAUUGUAGGGAGCUAUGCAUGGGACGCUAAGUUGGUAUUGGCCCUGGCAGCCUUCGCGAUGAGCUACGGCGAGUUCUGGCUCACUGCCCAGCUUCAGACCUCUAAUCCCCUUGCCAAAUCGGUGGCCCUACUUAAGCAGCUGCCCGACAUCUUAGAGCACACCGAUGUUCUAAAGCCCCGUUUUGACGCGCUCAACAAUAUUAUGAACGUCAUGCUUGAUGUGACCAUGUGCAUUGUCGAAUUGACAGAACUUCCUACGGAGUACAUCACUCCAGAAACGCCACCCAUGGCCUUGGCCAUAACCCAUAUCCCCACUGCUGUUUAUUGGACCAUCAGGAGCAUUGUGGCAUGUACCUCGCAGAUCAUGGGUCUUAUAGGCAUGGGCCAUGAUUAUUUGAGCUCCACCACAGAGACUUGGGAACUAUCGAGCUUGGCCCACAAGGUUACCAACAUACAUGAGCACCUUCAAAAGCAGUUGGUUCAAUGCCAUCAACACAUAGAGGAGAAGAGACAUAUUGAAGCAUUCCAUUUACUCGAACGCCUCUUCGACUCAAUCCACAUUGACAACAUGAAGAUCCUCAGGGCAUUACUUGCAUACAAGGACGAAACGCCCCUCGUCAAUCCUCUCACCAAGAAAAGGGUUAGCGUGGAGGUGUUAAGAAGGAAGAUAGUGGUACUGUUUAUUUCGGACCUUGAUGUAUCCCACGAUGAGCUUAUGAUCCUCACGCAGAUCUACAACGACCCCCACCUUGGGAAAGUUGAUAGGCAGUACGAAGUUGUUUGGCUUCCGGUCAUAGAUAGGUCCGUUGAAUGGACUAAUGCCAAAGAAGAGUUAUUCGUUCGCUUGGCAAACGCGAUGCCAUGGUACUCACUCUACCACCCUUCAUUGCUAGACCCUGCCGUCAUCAGAUACAUUAAGGAGAAGUGGAACUUCGUGAAGAAGCCAUUGUUGGUAGUGUUGGAUACUCAGGGAAGGGUGGCGUGCCCGAAUGCGCUUCACAUGAUGUGGAUAUGGGGCAGCCUGGCCUUCCCUUUCACCUCUCUAAGGGAGGAAACCCUUUGGAAAGAUGAGGCCUGGAGGCUCGAAUUCUUGGUGGACGAGAUGGAUCCCUUGCUAGUUCAAUGGAUACGCGAAGGAAAAUUCGUCUGCAUCUAUGGUGGAGAAGACAUCGAAUGGAUCAGGAAAUUCACAUUUGCAUUGAAACGCGUAUCUCAGGAGGCACGAAUCCCUAUCGAGAUGGUGUAUGUUGGGAAGAGCAACCCAAAGGAACGUGUACGGAAAAUCAUCGCAACCAUCACUGAUGAGAAACUGAGCGGAAGCUGGCAUGACCUGACGAUGAUUUGGUUCUUCUGGACUCGCUUAGAGAGCAUGUGGUACUCGAAGAUGCAACACGGCCGGACCAUUGAGAACGAUCCUAUAGUGCAGGAGGUUAUGACGAUGCUUACUUUCGACAGCAGUGAUCAGGGGUGGGCCGUGAUAAGCAAAGGGUCGUUUGAGAUGGUGAAAGCCCACGGAAACAAGAUCAUCGAUUGUCUGGUGCAGUUUGACACGUGGAAAGCGAACAUUGAACUUGACGGCUUUAUCCCUGCACUGACUAAUGCUCUUGUUCCGUUCCAUACUGUCGAGCACUGCACUCACCUUAUCUUGCCUGGGAACACCGGCCAAAUUCAGGAAAAGGUGGUGUGCGCCGAGUGCAAGCGCCCCAUGGAGAAGUUCCUUCUCUACCGAUGCUGCACGGACUAAGCAAAGAUACGACAUGCUGCCACGGCCGUUGGUCGUGUUUCCCUAAGUAAAACUACGUGUGAUUGAUGGGUAUAUGUUGGUUUAUAUAUAUAUAUAUAUAUAUGGUGGAGUAAUUGAAUGGCUUAGUGAGAGUUGGAUUGUCGUCCUCCAACUAUUUUCCAGUCAUGAUAUUAUAUUGUAUCGUCUCGUUUAUCCAUGCAAUGAAAAUAAACUGGCUUACUAAAUAUGGUGGAA